ACCCUCUCCCACUACCUCUUAUGAGAAAGGCCCAAUAGCAAGCUGAGCAAGAGAGAGAUGGCAAUGGCGCUUCGCGGACUCACCUCUUCCGUCAAGAAGCCGAUUCGGCCUCUUAUCAAUGGCGGUUCCCUCUACUACAUGUCAUCUCUCCCGAACGAAGCUGUCUGCGAAAAAGAGAAAUCUCGUAUUACUUGGACAAAACAAUUGAAUGCUCCGCUUGAGGUUGUUGAUCCGGAAAUCGCUGACAUCAUUGAGCUCGAGAAAGCGAGGCAAUGGAAGGGAUUGGAACUCAUUCCUUCAGAAAAUUUCACAUCGGUAUCUGUAAUGCAAGCCGUUGGAUCAGUCAUGACUAACAAAUAUAGUGAAGGGUAUCCUGGUGCGAGAUACUAUGGAGGAAAUGAGUUUAUUGACAUGGCAGAGUCCUUAUGUCAGAAGCGUGCAUUAGAAGCUUUCCAGUUGGACCCUGCAAAAUGGGGAGUCAAUGUGCAGUCAUUAUCUGGAUCCCCUGCCAACUUUCAAGCUUACACUGCAUUAUUAAAACCUCAUGAGAGAAUCAUGGCACUUGAUCUUCCUCAUGGUGGGCAUCUUUCACAUGGUUAUCAGACCGACACCAAGAAGAUAUCUGCUGUGUCUAUAUUUUUUGAGACAAUGCCAUACAGAUUGGAUGAAAAAACUGGAUAUAUUGACUAUGACCAGUUGGAGAAAAGUGCUGCCCUCUUCAGACCAAAACUAAUUGUUGCUGGCGCAAGUGCCUAUGCACGUCUUUAUGAUUAUGCACGUAUCCGCAAGGUGUGUGACAAGCAGAAAGCUGUCAUGUUGGCAGACAUGGCACAUAUUAGUGGGUUGGUUGCUGCUGGUGUUAUCCAAUCUCCUUUUGAAUAUGCUGAUAUUGUGACAACCACAACACAUAAGUCUCUACGUGGGCCACGUGGAGCAAUGAUAUUCUUCAGGAAGGGGGUUAAAGAGAUCAACAAACAAGGGAAAGAAGUGUUGUAUGACUAUGAAGACAAAAUCAAUCAGGCUGUCUUUCCUGGACUUCAAGGUGGACCACACAAUCAUACUAUUUCUGGCUUAGCAGUUGCAUUGAAACAGGCCAUGACUCCAGAGUACAAGGCUUAUCAAGAGCAAGUCCUUACUAAUUGCUCAACAUUUGCUCAGAGUCUGUUAGAGAAUGGCUAUGAACUUGUAUCUGGUGGAACUGAUAACCAUUUAGUCUUGGUGAAUUUAAAAAACAAGGGUAUUGAUGGUUCUAGAGUUGAAAAGGUUCUUGAAUCAGUUCACAUUGCAGCCAAUAAAAACACUGUUCCUGGGGAUGUGUCUGCCAUGGUUCCUGGUGGCAUUCGAAUGGGAACCCCAGCUCUUACAUCUAGGGGAUUUGUUGAGGAGGAUUUUGUGAAAGUAGCCGAGUUAUUUGAUGCUGCUGUCAAGUUGGCUUUGAAGAUCAAAGCUAACAGCAAAGGAACAAAGUUGAAGGACUUUGUGGCAACCAUGCAGUCAGAUGCUGAAACUCAAUCUGAGAUUGCAAAGCUCCGCCAUGAUGUCGAGGAGUAUGCAAAACAAUUCCCAACUAUUGGUUUUGAGAAAGAAACAAUGAAGUAUAAAGAUUGAAGUAGUCUUUGAGGACAAGGCAGGCUAUCACUGUGGCUCUCUAAGUUCUCGGACGUUGAAGGCAAGGAGAGAUGAUAACUAGAAGAAUGCGUAUGAUUACCAACAGGAGGAGCUUCUGGGAGUUUCAUUUUAAAACUAAAUGAACUCCGUAAGUCUUUGUUACAAAUCUAAAUUUAUGGUCCAAUGCUCGGCAAAAGUAUAAACUUUGAUCGUUUUCAGAAUCAAAUCCAUGUACGACGUAUGAUUUGUCGCACAGAAUAAAAGGACUAUUUUUGUAUUGGUGAUUA